UGAAAGCUGGUACCUAAAUGUCAAAUAGAAAAUCGUAAUCAAAACAAAUCGAAAAUAAUUGAGCGUUUUGCUGUGUGAUAAUAAAUUUAAUUCUCGCAAUAUUAGAAUGAAAAUCCAGCACAUUUUGCUAAGUAUUUUUGUCGCCAUCCACUGCUGUAGUGCAUUCCGCUUCAGUGGGCUUGAGUUUUAUUCACACUUCAUCAAUGGAGACUUCCUAGAUUACAAACCCUUCGGUGGGGGCACCCCCAAAAGUGAUGAACUUCAGCAGUCGAUGCCGUCGGUGGGUCAGAGUCUUAACUCGUUCCUCGACUUUGUCACCUUCAAGGAUAAACAGUAUUGCUCGAUCUACGAGGAACAAGCGCAGGAAACGGAAGAUCCGAAGGGUGCAGAUGGGAAGCGUCCGCUCAAGGUGAAGUGCAUUCCAGCCAAGGGGAAUGGCACUUUACAAAUAAUCACUUCACUCAAGGAAGUCAUCAGCGUACUUGCUCCCCAUGGGAACUCCACCAAACGGACCACGGCCGGAAAUUGCGUCGUCAUGUUGUUCUACACCAAGACGUGCAUUCAUAGUGCGUUCAUGGCUCCGCACUACAACGCACUGGCACGACAUUUUCCCGAUCUGAAGGUGACGGCCAUCGAUGCGUUCAACUUCCACUCUCUUAACACGGAGUUCGGAAUCGUCGGACUGCCUACCAUCAUGUUCUUUCACCAGGGUCGCCCUCUGGUGAAGUUCAACGAGACGGAAAUCAACCUGGAAACGUUGGUCAAAUUCGUCACCAAACACAGCGGCGUCGAGCCAAGGCUAGUCAACCACAAGAUGACGAUCAACGUGCCGCAUUACAUCUCAGAGGACUUCAAGGGGCCGCUGUCGAACAAGGUCGAGAAGAAAACCGACUACUGGCUGUACGUGGCGUGGAUCUUCAUAAUCGUUUGCAGUUGCUACUACUUCUCCAAAUCGGUGUACUACGUGCAGAUGAUUGAGACGAUCAAACGGAAUUGGAGGGAAUCCGGAGCGCAUCAUCGAAGUUAGCCAGCGGCCGAAGAAACCUAAGAAAACUCAUAUAGUCAAUGGGGUGUGUUUAAGCUAGUGCGUUAACUUAUUAUGUAUGCCGUUUUGUUGAGGUGUUGCUAUUUUUCCUAAUAAACCAUACCGUAGAAA